AAGUAUCGGCACGUUCAGUGAUCAUUCUUUUGCUUAAACGUGUCGCCACGCGAACUGUCACUCGUACUCUCUGAAUUAUUCGUUACAGUGUCACAGUGUGUCACAGAAGGACCUCGAUUAAAAAUUAAUAAUGCCUGGAUACAGGUGGGUCAAGUGGCCGGCGCCUUAUGCCGAUCCACGUAUGCUGAUUAUUAUCGGUAGAGACUUGGAUGGCAUGAAUCUGGCCGUAGGGCGUGCUAUGCACCAAGGUGACAUGCUACCGGCGAAAGUGAAGUUGGAACACGGAGUCGCCUACGUUAGUCACGGGGGUUCCGAGCACAUAAAACGUGACUUUGAGGUAUUGAUGCCUUCUCAUUUCAACUGGGUCCGCGCGGCACAUGGUCAUGUACCGGAACACGCAGUGGAGGCCGGGAGGACUAUGAACGGUGAGGUACUCUACGUCGGACGUGCUUUUCACAACGGUGUACCGUGCGUAGGAAAGGUUCAUAGGAGUCACGGUUGUCUGUACAUCCCAUUCGAUGGCAAGGAAUUAUCCUAUAGAGACUAUGAAGUCUUGGUGCAAUAUUGAACAAUUGCAAUUUUACAAUUUCGUCUAGAAAUGUCACGCAGGAGGUAUCUUUGUUUGAAACUGCCAGGUUAUUAAAGGACAGAUGUUACCUUUACUUCUAUCGCGGAAAGAAUUUAUAUUCAUAUAAAAAUAAAUAUUUUAUUUUUUAUUUAUUUGUAUAUACUGUGAAAUAAAAUGUUAAUGAAUAAUUUACAAACGUGAACAAUGGCUUGAGUUGGACUGUCGUCGCGCCGAUUUAUGAAGUUUCCCUGAAUUGUAAAGUUAGAUUAAAAUUUUACAAAGUUGGCGGUUCA